GGGGGUGAGGGGGAACCAGCCCGUGGUCCUGGGAAUUGUGGGAGUUGUAGUUUUGCUACUCCGCACAUGCGCCAUUUCAGUCCCGGCAUUCUCCGGGGGUAGCAUGGUCUUCGAGGAGAAUACUGGAGAGGUGUAGGCCUGAAGGUGUGAGACCUGAAGAAGGACAGGUCCAGUGGGGUCCCAGACCCGCAUGAAGCAAGAAUGAGGGGCUAUGGGAUCCCGGGAAUCAGGAGGCAUUGCUGGGCCUGUGAUUCUGAGUCCUGGAGAGGGCAGACCGAAGCGCCCCUGCAGCCACACCUCCCUGCUGAAAACCUGGCGAGAGGUCGAGCAGGCUUCGCAGUGUCCAGGGAACAGGUGUUCCAGAGGGACGACACAGGACCCCGAUCUGGCUUCUCCUGUGCCCCAGAAAGGAUGCCCGAGAUCCCCAAAACGCCAGAAGACACAGAGGCACCGGAGUUCCCCGCAAGAGCAGAGAGGAAAGAUCUACUUUGGCUGUAGUUUCAGAAGUCUCAAACCAUGGUCAUCCGACUCCAUUGUGCUUAACCCCGUACGAGGUAGAAACAGCAUGGCUGAGAGACCAGCAUGGAGCAGGCAGAGAGACCAGCACCUAACAGCAGCAGAGAGCAGCCAGAACGAGAGCAUCCAGCUACAGCAGCAUCCGCCUGUGUCCUUCAGACCGGCAGAAAGGAGGAGGCCCACUGCUGGGUACAGACCAUUCCACUCGGGCAUGGAAGGGGACAACCACACUACAGUCACAGAAUUCCUCCUCCUGGGACUCUCUGGGCAGCAGGAGCAGGAAGAUGCCCUCUGCGGGCUGUUCCUGUGCCUGUACCUGGUCACCAUCCUCGGGAAACUUCUCAUCGUCCUGGCCAUCAGCUGUGACCCUCACCUCCACACGCCCAUGUACUUCUUCUUGGCCAACCUCUCCAGUGUGGACAUCUGCUUCUCAUCAGUCACAGUCCCCAAGAUGCUGGUGAAUCACGUGGUGGGGAGCAAGUCCAUCUCUUACCCACAGUGCACGACCCAGAUCUACUUCUUCAUCACAUUUGGCAACAUGGACGGGUUCCUUCUGAGUGUGAUGGCCUAUGACCGCUACGUGGCCAUCUGUCGCCCACUGCACUACACCGUGAUCAUGAGGCCCAGACUCUGUGUCCUCCUGGUGGUCAUCUCAUGGGUCAUUACCAACCUGCAUUCUCUCCUCCAUACUCUGCUCAUGGUCAGACACAACUUCUGCUCCAACAACACUGUGCGCCACUUCUUCUGUGACCCCUACCCUCUCCUGAAGCUCUCUUGUUCUGACACCUUCAUCAAUGACCUCAUGGUUUUCACUGAGGGUAGCGUGAUAUUUUUGACACCAUUUAUGUGCAUUGUUGUUUCAUACGCCUACAUCUUCUCUAAAGUACUGAAGUUGCCCUCAGCCCAGGGGAUAAGGAAAGCCCUCUCCACGUGUGGGUCCCACCUCACUGUGGUCUCCCUCUUCUAUGGGACAAUUCUGGGGGUCUAUAUGCGCCCUUCAUCCUCCUACUCAGUGCAGGACACGGUGGCCUCUGUCAUCUUCACAGUGGUGACACCACUGGUCAAUCCUUUCAUCUACAGCCUGAGGAAUCGGGACAUAAAAACAGCCCUGAAGAAGCUAAUUCACAGGUCCCAGAGUUAGGAUGCUUUAGAACUCAGUGCUGGAUGUCAUACAUUAA